AUGAACACCACCCACGAUGUCCGUAUGCACGACGCCCGCACACUGCCACACGAGGACGGCAAAUCGCCCGGCAUUCCUCUGCGCAAUCCCAUUCAUCCGUCGGUGAUUGACAAGCUCGAUCCCGCUUUUGUGAAACUAUACAAUGAUUACAUCGCGAACGGACCCCCCUCAUCCACCGACCUGACGGUGGUGCGCCAGAACUAUUCAGCCUUAUAUUCAUAUGCUGCAGCACCGCCAUCUGGUGUAGGAGGAAUUGGGGAAACCCAAGUACCAGGCUGGAAUAAAUAUCCUGGGGAUAUCAAUGUACGGGUUUACGUCCCACCGGGUGAAGAGCCAGGGCAGCGCAAAGUGUGGCCCGUCCAUUUCAAUUUCCAUGGCGGAGGCUGGGCAGUCGGUGACCUGGAGACCGACGCACACAUCUGCCAUCACAUCUGCGCUGCCGUUCCCUGUUGCGUUAUCGACAUUGAAUACCGGCUGAUCCCCGAGUAUCCCUUUCCCAUCGGCAUCAUGGACAGUCUCACAGCUGUCGGACACAUCCUAGCCAACCACAAGACAUUCUCCAUCGAUUCUACAAACAUGACCUUUGGCGGCGAAUCCUCUGGGGCGACUAUCGCUCUGAUCCUGAACCAUCUGUUCCGUGACGGUGGGUUUGGAGACAAAUUGAAGGGCGUGGUUGUUGCUACACCUACUAUCAGUGACGUAAGGAAGUACGCAACACCAGACAUGAGCCCUUGGCCGAGUAUGAGGGAAGCCGAGUUCGCUCCCCUCCUCAACUGGGAGAAAUUGAAAUGGUUCGAUACUUUCAAGUGGAUGUCUUUGUCGAGUCAACACCUGGGAACAAAACCCAAGGAACAGAAGCGAGAUAUAUCGUGGUUUGCCGAUGCCAUGAAUGCUCCAGAUUUCAAGAACUUGGCUCCCAUCACGUAUGUGGCUACGGCAGAGAUUGACCCUUUGAGGGAUGAGGCAGAAGCAUAUGCUAAGAAAGUUGAGGAAGCUGGCAAUAAGAUUGUCCUACGAAGGUUCAAUGGCAUGCCACACCACUUCAUGCACCUGGAUAGGGCGCUUCCCCAAGCUCGAGACUAUGUCCAGGAUGUCAUAUCGCAUAUCCGCCAGUGUCUCUAUCCUCCUGAUCCACCCGCGAUGAAAACGCCGCCGGAAACCUGA